CUUUGAUGCUAACUUGAUAGCAGCGGUGUUUUGUGCUUCCCUUUGUUAGCAGACCGACUUCCGUUUUUAUGUGUUUUCCAGGUUUCUGGAAUUUACUGUCAGCUGUGAGUGAGAGCUGGAGGCGAGCAUAUUGACAAGCAAUAGUUGCGGUUCCCUAUUUUCGAACAAUAGGUCCAGUAUUUCCGCCGGACUUCGGUCUGAGCCUGUUACUCCUUUUCAACGACUGUUUCAUUGGUUAGCUGGCUAGCCCAGGCCAGCUUAUUUAAAUCACCUAGCAUGUUUCGCUUCUUGACUGACGCUGACGACGACCCCUAUAUGAUGGAUCCGUUUGCUGCUCAUAGGCACCAAAUGAGAAGUAUGUUUGGACCAUUUGCAAUGGAUCCAUUUGCUCUUGCACCCCAGAUACAGCCACAUCGUGCAGCACGCAGACCGGCUGGCCCACUUGCUCCAUUUGGCAUGAUGGGAAUGGGUGGAGGCUUCAUGGAUAUGUUUGGCAUGAUGGAAGAAAUGAUGGGAAACGUGGAAAGGAUGACCGGAACACCAAACUGCCAAACAUUUUCCUCCUCGACAGUGAUCUCCUAUUCAUCUUCAGACGUGGGGGCUCCUAAGGUUUAUCAGCAGACAAGUGCAACAAGAACAGGCCCAGGAGGGAUCCGUGAAACACGGCAGUCCAUGAGGGACAGCGAGAGCGGCUUUGAGCGGCUCGCCAUCGGCCAUCAUAUUGGGGAUCGUGCACACAUAAUGGAGCGUUCACGAAAUCGCCGCACUGGUGAUCGCGAGGAACGGCAAGACUUCAUUAACCUCGAUGAGACUGAUGCUGAAGCGUUUGAUGAGGAGUGGAGGAGGGGGGCAGGAAGAUACACUUCCCCAAAUGCUCGUGGGCUGGAGUACGGUCAGGAUCCGCGUGGGGGAGGACAGCAGCUGGCCCUCCCGGCCCCUUCCAACUCAACGCCCCCUCAUCGACAUGAGUCUCCCAGACACCGUCAGCCCCAAACCCGCCCACGUUACGACUGGUGAGAAGGUGUCCCACUUUUCAAAGCGAGCAGAUGGAAGGAGUGGAGGGAGCGCUUCCCUGAUGCUGUGAAACAACGCCGAAGAUGGAAGUUGAUUAAUAAAACAACUAGCCGUCGUUAAUGUUUGAUAUGACUGGACUGUCUAAACAUAAGCACCAUCUUUUACACUCAUGCACACAACAGAACAUCCCACACUCACUAGUUGCACCUACUGUUACACAGAUACAAGAUCACCCCUGUGCUAACUUGGGUGGAGCUACACUCACUUUAUAUAAAUAUAUAUAAAUAUACUCAUUCUCCAAACCUGACCUGUGUCUCUACCCGCUGCGCUUAGCGGCUGCAGUAAAACAGUACGUCUGCUGUACAGUCCAUUUUAUGUUUGUGAGGGCACUUGUGUGUCAGUGAAUUGAAUUGUAUACUGUUAACUAACGAGAUAAAAUGUCAUUAAACAUUGUUAGAUAAUGGAAA